CAAAAAAUCCUCUCUAUAUAUAUUAAUCACUCUCUCUGCAAUACAUAUAUAAAAGGACUUGCCUUCUCUAAUAUCUGAUUGUAUCUCUCCAUAUAUAUCUCUUAUAUAUUUGUUCACAAAGUCAGCGCCACCUUUUUAUUAGUGUUGUGAUAUCUCUCCAAUUGAUCUCUCUCUAGCUUCAUCUCUCUGCACAACGAUGAGUGAGUUUGCAAUGGAAGAUUGGGAUUUGCAAGCUGUAGUUAGAGGGUUCAGCAGUGGCUCAACCAGUAUUGAAAGCCCAUCAAAAUGGUUUGGUCCUUUGUCCACACAACACGAAGAAGACGAUGACCUUUUUCUCAGUACUAGUAUUCCUGAAUUUUAUGAUACAGCAACAGUUUUGGAUGAGCUAGAGCAACUAUACAAGCCCUUUUACCCCAUGUUUAACCCCAUCUCUCCACAAACCAUCUUCGGCACUUCAUCUAUUCUAUCUGUUCACAAACAAGAGAAAGAGAGAGAGAGAGAGAGAGAGAAAGAGAGAGAGCAAGAAGAGGUUCAAGACAAGCAAUCUAUUGCUAGCCCUGAAAAUAUUGUUGCCAGUGAUACCAGUAUUUCUUCUCAUGAAGCUAAACACAGAAAAAGGAAGAAUCAGCAAAAAAAGGUGGUGCUCCAAGUAACAGCAGAUGGUCUCUCUUCUGAUAUGUGGGCUUGGCGUAAAUAUGGUCAAAAACCCAUCAAAGGAUCUCCCUACCCAAGAAGCUAUUACAGGUGCAGUAGCUUGAAAGGAUGUUUAGCAAGAAAGCAAGUGGAGCGCAGCCAUUUGGAUCCAACAAUGUUUAUUGUAACCUACACUGCUGAACACAGCCACGCUAAGCCCACUCGCCGGAGCUCCCUGGCUGGCACUACCCGGCAAAGAAGCCCCACCAGUACCGGCAAUGAUCAGCUUGUUGUCACGCCAACCGCCAGUCCCAUUUCAGCUGGAAGCACUCUAUCUCCGACAACCAUUGAAGAUGAUCAGUACUUUCUACAAGCUGAAACCAUAAAGAAUGAGUGCAAAGUAGAUGAUGAACAAGUAGUUCAAGAUAUGAUAUUGAGUGAUGACUUCUUUAGUGGCUUAGAUUUUGGACUAGAUGGACUGGCUCCUGAUGUAGCGUUUGACUAUGCUAUCCCUGAUCAAUUUAAUUUUCAAAUGAGCUUUCCUUGCUAAUGUUCGUUGAGUGAUCUAGAGAGAGUUAAAAUUUUCCCUUCUAAGAUUUGUCCUAGUAAAGAGAGUCACUGUUGUUUGUA